GUGGAUUUACUUUCGGAUUCAGACACUCAGUUCUUUACCAGCUGAUGGCCCAGUGUCUUCAUCAAAAUAAAUAAUUAAAAAUCGGCAUGAAGACGUUGUUCUUGCUGCUUCUCUUGUGUCACGUUUCAUCAUCAGUGAAACACUCACUAAUAUAUUACAUCACUGUGCCCUCUGGAGUCCCAAACCUACCAGAGUUUAUGGUUGUAUUACGGGCUGAUGACAUCCAGGUGACUUACUGUGAUGGCAGCAACAUGAUAUAUGAAGCAAGACAGGACUGGAUGAAACAAUUAUUUGAUGACAAUCCUCAAGUCUGGACGUGGCACACUCAGCACUGUUUUGAGAUUCAACCUCCCACCUUCAAAAGUAGACUGAGCAGUCUGAUCCAGAGCUUGAGCCACAAUGAAGAUACAGAUGUUCACAUUUUACUGCUGACAAUUGGCUGUGAAUGGGAUGAAACGACUGGAGAGGUUACUGGUUUUAAGCUCUAUGGUUAUGACGGGGAAGACUUCAUUGAACUGGAUCUGAAGACGUUGACGUGGACCGCUCUGAAACCAAAGGCUGACACCACCAAACAGAAAUGGGAUGAAGAAACUCUUAGAAUAAAAGAAAAUAUGAAAUUUUUCACUGAGACUUGUCCCCAGUGGCUGAAGAUGAUUUUGAAGUAUGGGAACAACUCUCUGCUGAGAACAGACGUCCCCUCAGUGUCUCUCCUCCAGAAGACUCCCUCCUCUCCAGUCAGCUGCCACGCUACAGGUUUCUACCCUGACAGAGCCAUGAUGUUCUGGAGGAAAGAUGGAGAGGAGAUUCAUGAAGGAGUGGAACACGGAGAGAUCCUCCCCAACCAUGAUGGAUCCUUCCAGAUGAAUGUUGACUUGAACAUUUCAUCAGUCUCACCUGAAGACUGGAGGAGGUAUGAGUGUGUGUUUCACUUCUCUGGUGUGGAGGACGACUUCAUCACCAAACUGGAUGAAACACAGAUCAGAACCAACUGGGAGAAGCCCACUGACAAGACCCCACCCACCACCAGCAACAUCAGCAUCAUCGUCAUCAUCAUUGUGGUUGUCCUUGUUCUCGUCUUUGCAGCAGCUGUCGGAUUCAUGGUUCUUAGAAAUAUACAAAAUACUGAAGACAGCACUGAACUCUCCGAGAGACUGAAUAAUAAUCCUACCUGAUAAUAUAUAUAUAUUUUUUUAUAUUUUAAAGUUUACAGUAUUACAGAAGAACUCUUGUUUUCUUUUGUGGCGCAGAUUCAUCAUAAUUGUGUCAUUUACAGUUGGAGACCCAGUCAAAUGAAGUCUAGUGAAACCGGGUAGUGAUUGUGGUUUAAUUACUGAGCAGGAAAUCACAUUGCCCCGAAGUUGCUUUCUAGGCCAGUUGGAACUGGUUACACCACUGUGGAAUAAAUAUGUUAAUGUUAUACAUAAUUUCUCCACUCAUUAUGUUUCUACUACUAUGUGACUUUUUUUUUUUGCAAAGUUUAUAUUAGGUUGGGCCUAAUUCGGUAGCAUUUCAUCUUUUGUUUUGAUAUUCUGUUGAUAAAGCUAACAUGUUUUUACGUCUCUCUAUUUCUUCAGAAGCGUAGUUUUAUGGUGUCUCCUUUUUAAAUCCCUGGAUCAUCUGAGCUGGGUUUAGUUCAUACUGUGAUUUAGGUUGACCUGACAGCUGACUGUGAGCGGCACCAUUACUGCUAUUGCUUUUUAAAGAUAAUUAACAGUGUAUAUGAGCUCUGUAGCUGUUCGAGUCACCUCUCUGAGCACAAAAAACAAGUUUAUUUAGUUCAGUGCCAAUUGAAACCAAUUAUACAGUCACAGAAACUAUGUAAUGAUACACACCUUAAAAUGGUACUCCUGAAGUUUGAGCUCCGUCAAACAGCAGUAUGUCUGCUUCAUGUAAAGCUGUUCGUCUCUACUCGUCUGCUGCUAAGGUCCAAAAUAUACUCAUAUAGACAUCAUGUCUCCAGCUUGGACAUGAUGCAGAGCCUCUCCUGAAAAACUCAGAUAAUAAUUACAAUAAUUUUAUUAAUGCAAGUCACUCAAUACAGACUGCCUCAAAAACACAGUAAUAUCUGCAGCACAGAUGUAGUUGUUGGCAUUUUAUUACUCACUUUGUCACUGAUGUGGUGGCUACCACUGAUGCCUCACAGUAAGAUCUCUCUGUGUUUGUCCUGUGAUAGACAGAACAUAAAUGAAUAAUAGUAAUGGUUUUGAGAAAGUUAAAACAACUGAUGAUGCUGCUUUAAUGCUGCUCUAAAGGUUGGCUCUGAGUGUUUGAUCAGUUUCAGAUUCUCUCCUUCCAGUUGGAAUAGAAAUAACGUCCCCAGCCCAUAUUAUAAUUUAAGGUGACUUUUUUUUAGCAAGUUUUUACACCACAGUCGGUUUUGUUUACAUACAAUUUCCUGUGAGAUCACAGGAGGUGCUGGGAAUCAGUUCUCCCUGAUCUGUAGACAAUCAAAUAAUAUCAUUAUAAAUAAUUAAAUAAUAUCUGUAAUGUUCAUUUCUCCUUGAGUGUGAGAAAACUCUCAAUUUCAAAAUCUCCUGUAGUCUGAGCCCAGCUUAAGGCUGUCUUUCUUCAGAGAAAACAUGAAUGAAUACAGUGAUAGAAGAAUGUACCUCUCAGCUGCUGCUGUAUAAAAAUGAACAGGCCACUUUAAUUUUAUCCUUUGUUCUCCCCUAAAAUAUGGUUUCCUUUGACAUUAGUCACCUAUUUUUAUUUAUAACAGUUACUGGUGAAACAAACUCCAAAGUUUAUAGACCAAGUUAGCUGAGUUAAGUUCUAUUUUAUUAUACUUUCUUAUAUUUAUUCUCUUGUGUGUUCUUCCCUUUUUGUAUUUAAACAUGUGUAUG